CAAUGCUAAUAUGAUCCAACGAAAGAGUUCAUACUGACAGUAUUUUCAUUUUACUAGGUCUUGAUGAUAGUUUUCUUACAUAGAAUAGUAAGAACCAUGUGAACCGUGUGGGGCUCUCUUGUUCCAAAAUGUUCCACACUCCCCAUCUGUGACAGCUUACAAAAAGACACACUGAUGCAAUUAUAACCAGCAUUGAGGAGUGUGACAUUUGAUAGCCUUAGGUAACUGGAGACACACAUGGAGACACAUCUCAAUAUCAGCUACCAAUGGAUAGGUUUAAGACGAUUCUGAAUAUUGCCAGCAAGCAGACCAACCUUGGUUUUGGGUUGGUUGCUCUGUUGACAGCUGGAGGCGAGCAGAUCUUCUCCUCGGUGGCAUUCAAAUGUCCCUGCAACGAGCUGAACUUCCUGUAUGGCUUGGUCUUCCUGUUGGUUCCAGCACUAGCUUUGCUGCUGCUAGGUUAUAUUCUCAGCAAAAAGAUGUGGAUAUUGUUUACAGGUCUUUGGCACAACAGGGCAAAGUUGUGUUAUUGGAAAAACCUGGCCACCACUUGCACAGCUUUCUUACAAAUCAGUUCCACAGCCCUGGUGGCACCGUCCAGCUGGUUAGCUGUUGCUCUGCUUAAUGGUAACUAUUAUGAGUGUGCAAUGACUGGAACCAAUUUGAGUGUUUACAACCAGUAUUUGUGCAAAGAUAUGAAUUUUGAGUUGGACUGUGGAAGGAAGCUUCACAUGCUUCCUUGUGAUAAACGUAAUGAGGAGGUUCUGCGUACAUUAAGAUCUCAGUCUCAGAUUCUAGGUUGGCUGGUCAUCACCUUCAUCAUGUUGUCCAGUUUACUGAUCAUCUGCCUGGCUCGCUGCAACUCCCCCAUCAGCUAUCAGCAACUCAAGUUCUGGAGGGCAUAUGCUCAGGAGGAAAGUGAGCUCAUGGAUUUAUACACCAAUAAACACGCUAAAGAUCUUGCUGAGAGAAACCUAAAGAGCUUUUUCAAUCAGAUGGAACCUGCAAACAUCACCACUCCCUCCAACAAAGACUGGGAGAAAAUUUCCUUAUUAUAUAAGUUUAGCACCAAAGAUCACUUCUACAGCACUUUGCAUCGAUAUGUGGAGACAAACCAGGAGGGUGAUGGGAUUAGGAUGGUUUCAGUAAGAUCAAAUGAGUCGACUGACAACCCUGCUGUUCUCCAUUUCGUGGAUGGUGGAAUGGUUUCAAUGUGAAAAGAAUUGAAAUUGAUAGAAGAAUAGACUAUAUUUCUAAACAUGAUAUAAGUGAAUUUUCUUAAAUUUAGAAGUAGGUGUGUAUGUUUUUGAUGCUCAUGGCGGCUGUAAGGAGUCAUGUUUUGAAGAACUUUGGUUUGUUUUUCAGUUUUGUUAUAUUUUGUCUCAAUUUUGUAUUCUUGUGGACUUAUGUUCGGAAUUUCUACUUACUUUUGAAUUUGAUCAUGUUUUUGCUAUUGUUUCACAUAUUUUUAUGUUUUUCUGGUAAUUCUGUUAGGCAACCAAUUGGUUAAUUUCUCACCUCCAGUUCUCUCACCACUGUGAACACCAGAAAUCAUUCCCCUGUCUUACAUCUAGUAAUCACUGUCCCUGUGAAUAUCCUCCCUGUUAUUCCCCCUUAUUGCCAGAUCUGUGAAUGUUUCCUACGCCCUUAUGUCUUUGGAUUACAAUGCAUGUGUUAAUUAUUCUCUGUAAUUUUGGAGGUUUUCUUCGUCAUUAAAGACUCAUUUAUUUCCA